AUGGGUAAUAUUGUAACACCAGACCAAGGUUUACUACCAUUACCAUCUUAUAGUGGUGUAAUAACUCCUUAUCCAUGGUGGCUUAAUGCAGCAUUAGCUAUUUGGGCUCUAUUAGCUUUACUCUGUUGUUGGUGUUUAUUACUUCUAUAUCUUUUACGAUACUGUUGUAAAUGGUGGCGUCACCGACAAUAUGCAGCUGAUCGUGCAUCAUUACGUGAACGAUUUUUUGGUGGAGGUGGUGCUAAAGGUCGAAAUGAUAUAUAUGCUACACAGGAACAUUUUGCUACAGCACCACUACCACCUGUUCCUCCGUAUGCAGUUAGUAAUGGAAAUGAUGUUACUUUUCGAGAUAUGUACGAAGGUUCAAUGCCUUAUGUAACAGCAGGUCGUGCAAUGGAAUCCGAUUCAGUAGCUUAUUCUGAUGGAGGUGUCGUAGAAAAUGUUGAAACAAAUGUUCAUCGUAAAAUUACGAAGAAUUAUUAUAUUAAUGAAGAAAAAAAUUAUUUUAUACAAAAUGAACCAAAAGUUGAAAUAGAAGAAUCUUCACAUAAUCAAGAAGUACAACGACUUCCAGGACCAACUGUAACAACAAUUAAUAUGGCAGCUGAACGAAUUACUGAUAAUCCAAAUUGGGAAAAUGCAAAUGCGAAAGAAGUUUUUAAUGAACAACAACCUAAAAAAGCUUCGGCAGAAAUUGUAUCUCAUGAUUCAUCAGUAACUAAACAAGAAGUUAAAUAUGAAAGUCCACCUGAUAUUUACACACAUCGAGCUGAAACUCCUGUUGUUCAAAAUCGAUCAUUAGCAGCACAAGAAUCUGUACUAUCAGAAGAUGGUUCAAUAACAAGUGAAAUGAGUGGACAUGAUUCAGAAUCAAUUUAUGAAACAAUACGUGUAUUUACACCAAAAAAACAAAGUUUAGCACCAUUAGAAGAUGAAGACGAAGAUGAAGAUGAAUAUAAAACAGCUGGUAUUGAUGAAGUUGAAUUUGAAGUAAAAGAUCUUGUUCGUUUACAAAGAGCACAUGCACGAAAUGGUGGUGAUUCAUAUGAUGAUAUUUUAACAUCACAUGAUAUAUCUCAUCAUGAUUUAAAACCUCAGCAUUCAUCAUCAAUAUCUUCUUCAUCAACAUUAAAUAAUUUAGUAGCAAGAGAUUCUCAACCAGAACAAAUAAAUAUUGGUUCCGGUGAAGAAGAAACUGUUACACAAACAGUUCAAACUCAACAAAUUCAAACAACAUUUCGUCAAAUAGGACAACAUCUUGGUGAGAGUGCGUUCUUUGUUCCACUUUCAUCAGCAAUUACAUACAAUGAAGGCGGACAACAACAUGAUGAGAGCAAAAUUGCCGUUCCAAUUUCAACAACAACAACAACUGUUGAAUAUGACGAACAUCCAGCAUUACAACAUUUCUAA